AUGGAGAAUGAAUUUAUUCGCCAAUUGAAUGAUGGUGACAAGUUGGUGAAAGAGUUCUGUAAAGGGAUUUAUUAUAUACCUGAAAUGAUAUCAAUGGUUGCUGGACAUUUAAUCCCUGUUAAAUACGAUUUUAUGCCUUUGAUAAUGCUUGGAGCUAUUCUGUAUUCUCUGUCAUCGGUUCUAGAGGUGUUCCUGUUAGUCGGCUGUUCUAGUCUGCUGGUCGACUCAGGUUUAACUUGUUUAAAUGGCUACUGGCCUACUGCUUACUGCUUAGUCUACUUCGUCUUAUCAAUUAUCAUGUGUCUUUCAUCUGUAGACAAUUUGAUGUCUACCUAUCAAUCAAUCUCUCACUCUAACGAUAGUUUUGAAGAACAUAACUCUGAAGAAGAGCACAUGCUAGAAGAAGAUGGAGGUGGAGCUGGCACGGGUGAAGAAAGCUCCAUUCCAAACUUAGGCACCCAAGCAAAUGCAAGUGAGGCUACAGGUGUCACAGGUACUUCGAAGAGAAAAAGAAAAGUACCGAUGUCUAGGUCUGCAGUGUGGUAUGAUUUUACAAAGGACAAAACCCGUGAGACUGCCACUUGCAAUCAUUGUGGGAUUGUAUACAAGAACAACUCAUCAAAGAAUGGAACAUCCACAUUGAAGCAACACUUGAUGCGAUGCCCACGCAUACCUAAGCCAAGUGGUCAACAAACUGAAUUGUCAUUGCAAAGCAAUCAAGCAAGCAAGGGGGACCUUUCAACAUGGAGGUAUGAUCCGAAGGUUGCACAGGAUGAGUUAACUUGCAUGAUAGUUGAAUGCGAGUUGCCUUUCAAGUUUGUUGAGCAGCCACGAUUUAGGAGUUUUGUGCAUGCAUUGAAUCCAAGAUUCAAUGCGCCUUCAAGGCCAACUGUUAGAAAGAACGUUGUUGACAAAUAUGAAGAUAUGAAGAAAAAAAUGAUGCAGGUGUUCGAAAACAAUGGAUCAAAGGUUUCUUUAACCACAGAUGCGUGGACAUCAGAGCAAAGACAAAACUAUAUGGUUGUCACUGCUCACUUCAUUGAUAUGGAGUGGAAGUUGCAGAAGAAAAUUAUCAACUUCACCACAAUUAAGAGCCACAAAGGUGAGACUAUGGGUAGAGUAAUCGAAGAAUGCUUAAAAGAAUGGGAGAUCAAGAAAUUGUUUACUAUUACAGUGGAUAAUGCCAGUGCGAAUGAUAAUCUUGUCAAUUAUUUGAAGAGGAGAUUUGCAAGUCUCAUGCUAAGUGAUUAUGUGCAUGUGAGAUGUGUUGCACACAUAAUCAAUCUAAUUGUUAUGGAGGGCAUGAAAGAAUCCAUUGCAUCAAUUGAUCGAGUUCGUGCAGUUAUUAAGUUUAUCAGAGCUUCUCCUGCUAGGAUUCAAAAAUUCAAAGAAUGUGCGGAGAUGGAGAGAAUUCCAAGCAAGGCCUCAUUGUGCUUAGAUGUGUGCACUAGGUGGAACUCGACUUAUUUGAUGCUAGAUACUGCUAUGAAGUUUGAAACUGCAUUUGAAAGAUUCGAGGAGUUAGAGCCACAAAUUACAAGUGAGGUUGCGGUGGAAGGUGGCAUGCCUAAGCAAGAAGAUUGGGGGAAUGUGAAAAGAUUGGUUACUUUUCUUCAAUACUUUUAUCAGCUUACUUUGAAGGUUUCUGGCACUUCUUACGUUACUUCAAAUCAAUUUUUCCAUGAUUUAAGUGUACUCUUUUAUGUAUUAAAAGAGAUGAAGUCUUCGGAUGAUCCUCAGAUGUAA